AUGACGAUGGGAGUUAGAUGGGACAAUCGUACAGCGGUCGAGAGAAGCAUGUUGAUAAUGCGGAUGAUGCUGAGCCUGUUUCCUCUGGUCCUUGUGGUCUGGAAUGGUGACGCGUUACCUGUACAAGACAAGGAAUUACACACCAAUGAGAUCCUGACCAAAGACCAGAAGGACUUAUUGAAGAAGAUGAUGACGGACAUGGCUGAGCUGAACCUCACUAGUAAAGAACUAGCUGAUCUUGACCCUGAAUUUCUGAAUGGCAAACUGGGUGAAAAGUCUGUUUAUGAACCAACCCCUAAGUCUCCAUGCAAACUCUUCUUCUGGAAGAGCUUCUCCUCAUGUUAA